AUGAGUGACAGCGACGAAGAAUUUGAUAAUUCAAUGAAAAAAGAAUUUGUGUGUGAUAAUGGUGAUGUGAACAUUGAAAAACAUUUCAAAUUUAUGGAAAAAUAUGAAGAAGAAGAAUUUGAUAAAAACAUUUUAUUUGAUCAUACCAAGUUUGAAGUUUUAUGUGCAGACACUAAUGAUAAUGGAAUGUUAAACUGUAAACAGAUGGAAAUGUUAUCAAAGAACAACGAUUUAUUUGACCAAAACAAAAUCAAAGAGUAUGUGACCAACCUGUUUAAAUGGCUCGAUAAAAACGAAGACGGGUUUUUAGAAGGUACGGAACUUGCCAAAUUUCAAAAAUAUUACGAAAGAACAGCCGCCAAAAAGAAAGAAAAGAACGUUAUUAAAUUAAUGGACACGGACAAAGAUGGGAAAAUAUCAUCGGAGGAGUUCGUCACUUUUUUUGUGAAUUUUUUUGAGUCUUAA